UGGAGCCCUUGACCGACGGGAAGGUGUCCCAGACGGACGAGGAGGACAUGGGCAUGACGUACGCGGAGCUGUCCGUCUACGGCAGGCUGCGGAAGAUCGCCAAGGCCGGGCCGUACAGCAUGUUCUGUAGCCUCGUCACCAUGUGGAAAGACGUGUGUUCCCCACGGCAGGUGGCGGACAGAGUGAGGCACUUCUUCUCCAAGUACUCCAUGAACAGACACAAAAUGACCACGCUGACCCCCGCCUACCAUGCGGAGAGCUACAGCCCCGAUGACAACAGGUUUGACCUGCGGCCGUUUCUCUACCACACCAGCUGGCCCUGGCAGUUCCGGUGCAUAGAGGAUGCGGUUCUCCGGCUCGAGAGCAGAGGUCGUCAGGACCUGGAUGGAGUGGACUGACGCCAGCUCCGGCUCCGAGAAGGUCCCGUGCGUUACAUCGGCUUCACCAGUGACCGUGAGCGGGGCCUCGGCCAGCCCUGCCUGGAGCCGCAUGCCAGUACCUUUCUUUACAUCUCACGGGAGAGGGAUCUGUUCCUCCUAGCUCCUUGAAAAAAGGCUUAAAUAAAGAGAAUGUGGUCGGGA